AUGAUUGUACGGUUCCAAGCAUCUAGGAACCACAUUCUUAGACGGGUUUCAAUGUAUUCGCGAUGUUUCUUUACUCUGCCGACAUCACUCAACCCAUUUGGAGAGAGCUCUGGAAAGGAUUCGGGCCCUGAGGACGACCUACAGAGGUACCACGAAAGGAAGAUUAUGCCUUAUAGCAGAAAACAACUUUACGAACUGGUCGCCAAUGUCGACUCGUAUCAUCGAUUUAUCCCAUUCUGUACCGGCUCAACAGUCUUGAAAUCAUCCCGUCCAGACUGGAAAACUAAUUUGGGAAACGAUGGGGAUCCACCGGUGAAUCUAGAGGCAGAAUUGAAAGUCGGAUUUCUGGGCGUGGACGAAAGCUAUGUUAGCAAAGUCGAAUGUCGCCCGUUUGAGAGUGUUCAGGCCGUCGCUGCAACGUCCACACCAAUCUUUAAAAGACUGAUCACUACAUGGCGAUUUCAGCCGGCGUCUGCUAACUCUCCUCACCCUACGAACGUGGAAUCGCGAAUAGAUUUAUCACAGCAUCCUGCGGAAGAAGGGCCAACGCUCCUUUCAUUUGACAUUGCGUUUGCGUUUUCAAACCCCUUGCACGCGGCAAUGUCCAGAGGUUUCUUUGGACGAGUAUCGUCGAUGAUGGUCACGGCAUUCGAGGAGCGCUGCAUAGAGGUUUAUGGCAAAGGCAAACGAUGA